AUGUCUCUGUUUCGUCUUGUUGAAUGGGUUUCUCAUACAAUUCCAAACACUUCUACAGUAUUAAACGCAUCGUUUUUUCAAGAAAGAGCACUUAUCAAGUUCUAUCAUAUUCAGUUUAAUUGGUACAGAAAUAUUAACUUUGAAAGUAACUAUGGAGGUUUCAUAAUUCUUCUUCUAGACCAAUUAAUUGUUGGUGGAGAAGAUGGACAGAUUCAGAUUAUGGAUCCGGGAUUUCGGGAGAAUAGUAAUCAUGUCCUCGUUACUGCUGAAACCAAAUACCCCAUUCUCGAAAUGGCAUCUGAUAACUUUUUGCCAUCCAUGGAGAACAUUUUAGCUGUUUUAUCCCCGACGAAAUUAACAUAUUAUGCUAGUUCCGAAGACACUCAUGCAUCCCUUGAUGAAAUUUUCUCCCACUCCUUCACAACUUCUGCUUGGAACAUGUGCGUCAUUCCGAUCGAAGAUUCGCCUUCUCAAAUUCUGGUUCAAUCAAUCGACUGUAAACUUUCCCUGUUUCAAGGCGACCAAUGCGUAUUCUCUCUCGUCCCACUCAGAGCUCUUCAACCUGGACCAAUUGGAUAUUGUCAAUCUACACAGACAUUGUUUGUGGCCAAUAAUGGAUUCUUGGCAGCCAUCAAGUUCAGUUUGAUGUCAAGUGGAUCACAGAAAAAGAUCAAUUAUGAUUGGUCCUUCAACCUUGGAGACACUGCAAUAAAAAUGGAAGUAACGGAAGGAAUGAAACCAACGACGAUCAUAUUGUGUCGUCGCCACGUGUCAGCGUUCAAUUCAGCCGGAUCUGUGGUCUGGCAAAUCAGAUUGGAAGCUGUUGGAAUGGCAAUGUGUCUCUAUAAGUCACUACAAAUCAACAACACUCAAUUCAACCGAUUGAUAGUGGCCACUGCAGAUGACACUCUUUUGAUUUUCAAAGACAAUCAAUUGAUCUGGAAUUGUAAUUCUCAAAUGUCACCAGUUGGUUUGCUCGUGUGUUCUUAUAACAAAUCCUAUGAAAAUGUGAUCACAAUGCUGGGAUCAAACGGGAAAAUUGUGAUAGGAUACCUUGGAACAGAGCCUAGUUUAUACAAGGUUCCAGAUGACAAGUUGAUCAUAAACUAUGCUGAACGAGCCGAACAGUUUAAGGCUCUUGAGCAGAAGAUCAGAGAAACCGAUAUUGCAGGAGGAGCUGUGAAGAGGAAGGAAGGGAUUCAGAUGAAAUUGAGUAUUGGGGAAAUGGGGAAACGGACAAUUGAACCAAAUGCUGCGAGCAAUGCACCAUACUGUAAUGUGGUCGUGGAUUUCUCCGAACUUCAUAAUGUUUCGAAACUCCACAUUAAUAUUCUAUCCGAGUGUGCAUGUCCAUCAAAUCAAGUUCUUCUGAAUGUUGGAAGUUCUCAAUCCACUGCAUCCCUCCAAAUACAAUUUUACGUUGGAUCUAAAAAGUCUCCAACCAGCAACAAAGUCACAAUUGCAGCACACUGUGUGUUCUCACAAAUAAGUGUCACAAAAACGAUCGAGCUACCAUUCAAAACGCUUUUCGAAGAAACACAAGUAGACAGAAACGCCAAAUAUAAAGUGACAAUUGAUACAGCUGGAGGAAAUUCGAAUCUGAAAACCCACAAGCAAUCGGUUUCUCCCUUCAUGGUUCCGAUAAGACUAUCUCAAUUUUUGCUGCUAAUAAAUCAAAUUUAUUUUCUAUUUUUCACUGCUUUUUCAGUUAUUUACCCCAAGAAAGGAAAACAAAUACGGAAAAUCAAAAUAUUUUUAGGUUACAGUAGUUGUCGUUACCGCUACCGUAUCCAAUCCGAGCAUGUCUCUCUUCUCCAAAUCGCUGCGAAAGAGCUAGUCUCACGGAUUCAGAAUGAAGUCAAAGGAAUGGAGAUAGGAGGAGUUAUACCGUUUGAGUAUAUGAGAGAGACGUUAGAUGAUAUUCAGGAGCUCGAGGCAAAACGAAAAGAAGAUUCAAAAGUGAUUGAUUGUCGUAUGAAGGAGGUUCGAGCUAUCGAAUCAUUAUCCUUGAAUUCUUGUAAAACUGGAAAUAUGGGCAAUCUUCAAGCUAUGGAUGCGCUCUUUGAUAAAUCUUAUAGAGAGCUACUGGAUGCCAUGGACAGCUACAAUAUUUUAACGACGAAAAUUGAGAAUGAGAAAGCGACACUUAAUUCUCUCUUCCAACUUGCUGCUGAUCUCUCAAGGCUUUCGAGAGUGGAAACUAUUCUCAGUGGUUCAUUUUGGACGAAUACCCAACAGUCUCUCCGCGAUCGCCUUCAAUGGGCCGUCCGAACUGACCGUGGGAAAGAGAUGGCGAUGAUUGAGAAACUCUGUGAGCACUCCGCAAAGGAGUUGCCGAAAAUCAAGGAAGAGGAAGAGGAAGGGAAUGUCGAGUGA